AUGGAGGAUCGGCAGGUUGAUGACUGGCGUCAGGCGCACGAAGACCUCCAUGGUCUGCUACAACCUCCUCAUUAUGGACUUCCAGUCCGCGCAUCGAGCCCAGCCUCACUCGCAUCCUUAUGGCGCACAAUGUCAUCCCGACCGUCCUCACCGAGCAAUGUAGACACAGGCAUACUCAGACCAUUUGCGAGGGCAGACUUGCACACUUUGAGAUCCAAGAACAACAGUAGAUCAGGCUCGACGCUGCCAAUGGACAUCGGUGGGGACGAUGUAUCUGCUGCGGCAUCGGCUGGCUGGCAGGAAGCUGCUCAGGCGUCUCAUUCACCGGUCGGCCCCAGCAAGGAAAUCUACGGCUUCGUGGUCUACGUCGGCUCAUGGCUUGUACUUGCCAUCUUUCUCCUCUGGGCCUUCACGGAAGACGAGACGCUGGUCAAGUGGGGCGUAGAUUGGUACCCUAGCAGAGAAUGGGCACUCCUCGUGCCCGCAUGGAUCCUCAUGACGAGCCUCUAUACCUAUGCGAUCUAUAUGAGCCUCAACGUCUACCGGACAGCGCCGCUUGAGUCGCUCGAGGUCAUAACAGAUUCUUACGCCUACAUGUUGCCACAAGGGCAAGAUAGUCUCUCACGCCGCCAGCUGCGCUCGCGUGAGGCCCCUGGACACAGAGAGAAGCCGGAGCAUGCGGUCAUUGCGAAUUCGUACAAGCUCCCCAGCGAAGCAAUACCGAUACUGCACGAUCUGCCGGUGACCCUGAUUAAUGCGACAUUGUUUGACGACUAG